AAACGGUGACGCUGCUGCUUCAACCGAGACAGGAAUAUUUUCAGUUUUGCAGGACAGGACGGUCUGAGUCAUUCAAUCUUUAAGGAAAAUCUGUUUAAGUUGUCAGGAACCAGCACUCAUCUAAAUUCCCUUUGAAUGCACCUCCAUGAAGAUAAUCUGCUCGGCUUCCAUUCAUUAAACCCAGUUCAAUGUCUGAGGAUUCUAAACCAUACCUGUUCUCCUCCCUGGAGGGGCAGGAGGUGUCAGCUGGCUGUAGUUCCAUGGCGACACUGCAUUGCAUGGGCAGUUUUGCAGAGGGAGCCGAGCUUGGUCUGGCAUCAGAAGGCAGCGACAGCAGCCAGGACCAAACGGCCUCACCACACAGCAACCGAAAGAUGGCACAUUCCCUGCACGAGGAUGUUGAGAUGAAGAGUAGUGGUUCCAGUGGGAGUGGAACGGAAUCCCAUGGUAAUGAGUCACAUGGUAAUGAUUCCCAUGGAAACGUGUCCCGUGGAAAUGAGUCUUCCGGGAGUUCCAAUGGCCGAAGCAAGGAUUCAGCACUUUUAGAGUCAUUGGGGAGUAACAAAAGCUCAAACUCUCACAGUCCAUCGCCACCCAGCAGCACAAACGCAUUCAGCCUCCUGAGUGCCAGCUCUGAGCAAGACAACCCAUCUACCAGCGGCUGCAGUAGUGAAGAAUCUGCCAAGGCAAAGACUCAGAAAGAGUUGAUCAAAACUCUGAAGGAACUGAAGCGCCAUUUGCCACAAGAGAAAUGGAACAAGGGCAGCAAAUCCACCACACUCAACACCCUGAAAUAUGCCCUGCGCUGCGUCAGACAGGUGGAGGCAAAUGAAGAAUACUAUCAGCUGCUUAUGAUUAAUGACAGUCAGCCAUCAGGGCUUGAUGUUUCAUCGUAUACCAUAGAAGAAAUAGACAGUAUCACCUCUGAAUACACUCUCAAAAACACAGAUAUAUUUGCCGUGGCUGUGUCACUCAUCACUGGGAAGAUUGUCUACAUUUCAGACCAGGCAGCCUCCAUCUUGAAUUGCAAACGGGACGUGUUCAAGAAUGCUAAGUUUGUUGAGUUUCUCACACCGCAGGAUGUUAGCGUGUUCUAUAGCUUCACUACACCAUACAGACUGCCAUCCUGGAGCAUGUGCACUGGAGCAGAGUCAUCGCCAUCAGACUGCAUGCAGGAGAAAUCUUUCUUCUGUCGCAUUAGUGGUGGUAAAGAGUGUUAUGGAGAUCUUCAGUACUAUCCCUUCAGAAUGACUCCAUAUCUGAUGAAAGUUCAAGACACAGAGCAUUCAGAAGAUCAGUUCUGCUGCCUCUUGCUGGCCGAGAGAGUGCACUCUGGCUAUGAAGCUCCCAGAAUCCCCACAGACAAACGGAUCUUUACCACAACACACAAUACCAGCUGUGUGUUUCAAGAUGUAGAUGAAAGGGCUGUACCGUUGCUAGGAUACUUGCCACAGGACCUGAUUGGCACACCUGUCCUAAUGCACCUGCACCCCAGUGAUCGAAUAAACAUGCUCGGCAUCCACAAGAAGAUCUUACAGUAUGCUGGCCAGCCAUUUGACCACUCCAUCCGCUUCUGCACACGUAAUGGAGAGUACAUCACCAUAGAUACCAGCUGGUCCAGCUUCGUCAAUCCAUGGAGCCGUAAGGUUUCAUUCGUCAUCGGCAGACACAAAGUUCGCAUGGGUCCAGUGAAUGAGGAUGUUUUUGCUGCUCCGGCCGUAGCUGAGGGCAAAUCCUUAGACUCAGACAUCCAGGAAAUUACUGAGCAAAUACACAGACUCCUGCUGCAGCCGGUGCACAACAACGUUUCAAGUGGCUAUGGAAGCCUCGCUAGUAAUGAUCAUCUGAUGAGUGUAGCAUCGUCCAGUGAGAAUAAUGGGAAAGGAACAUGGCAACCAUGUGAGGAAGAAGAUGUUGGCCAAACGAAACCGAGGAGCUUUCAGGAGAUCUGCAAAGGUGUUCACAUGCUGAAAAACCAGGAGCAGCUGUUGAAGAAGAGCCCUACAAAGUUUCACCAGAAAGGUUCCAUGGUUCGGCCCAAAGACUUGGCAUACCCUGUGAAUUUGAGAGAGUCCACUGAAGACCAGCGAGCGGCUGUUCAAGAGGAGCUGGCCUUCAAAGAUCAGACCGUCUGUUCCUAUCAGCAAAUUAGUUGCCUGGACAGCGUAAUCAGGUAUUUGGACAGCUGUAACGUGCCCAUCACAGUGAAGAGGAAGUGUCAGUCUUCCUCAAACACAACAUCCUCUAACUCAGAUGAGGACAAACGGAGAGGUGUUGAGAUCUCCAUGCAGGUGUCUGAAGAGUCUGGUCAUCUGAAGGACCAACCAAGUCUCUCGUCAUUAGAUGUGUCCAAGAAGCCGCCAGGUUCCGGUGUAGUGAGCCCGUCUCUAAAGCCACUUCCGUUGCCCAGUAAACCUGAAAGCGUGGUUUCCAUUACCAGCCAGUGUAGCUACAGUAGUACAAUAGUACAUGUGGGAGACAAGAAAGUUGUAUCAACAAGACACAUCUCUACAAAGCAAGAGUUCUCUUCCAAACUUCACUUGCAAAAAAUCAUUGAAGACGUUCCCAGUGCUGAAGGAACUGAAGGUCAGGGUCUCGUUGUGCCCCCGGCUGCUGUCUUACCCCAAUGCCAGGAGAGAGAGACUUACAAGGAACUGGGCUUGACCAAGCAGGUUCUGGCAGCACAUACGCAGAAGGAGGAGCAGGCAUUUCUCAGUCGCUUCAGAAAGCUGCAAGGUGUGCAUGCUUUUAAAGCAGACUGCUCCCACUGUCUGGAGAAACAGAAAGAACCGGCCGCAUCUGAGGCUGUGCCUGCUACUCGCUCAUGUAAGCAGGUUGGCACUGCACCAGAGACAACUGUAACUCGCCGAGGUCGACAGAAAAAGACCAAAUCCAAACGCAUCAAGCCGAACGAGUCAUCUGAAAGCACCACUUCCGGUCGCAGACGAGCACCCAGACCUCAGCUCCAGGGACUCUACCAGUCCUGCUGGUCUCCUUCAGACACAUCUCAGUCCACGUACCCCAUCGCCUAUCCGGCCGUGAUGCCCACAUACCCUCUCCAAGUUUACCCAGGGGCCUGUACUAUACCACCGAGGGUGGAUGCUUCUAUGUCGGGUUUUGAAAACAGUCUGUGCAACCAGGAUCCACAAAUACCAAUGCAGCCCAUCCAGACACCAUACACUGCCCCUUUGGUGACACCCAUGGUUGCCCUGGUACUGCCGAACUACAUGUUCCCUCAAAUGGGGAGCACUCCAGGUCAGCCAUUCUACCAAGCAGGAGAGUUUCCCUCCCGGCCUCCCUUUCAACCGCAGCCUGGUUUCCCAACACAGACACAAUGUCCUCCGCAGUCCACUUUUACAAUACAGACUAAAUUCACCCCUCAAAACCCUUUUACCUCACACCCUCCGUUCAAAACACAGCCAUUUACGUUCACGGGCCCGGACAAGCCACCCACCCCUGAGCGGCCAUCAUGGUGUCCCACCCCCCAGUCUAUGAGUGGAGAGGGCCCGCCUUCCCCUCCUAUGUUUCAGUCACGAUGCACCUCCCCAUUGCAGCUCAACCUCCUGCAGUUAGAAGAGACCCAGCGCACUGCUGAGAGACUGGAGAGCUCAGCACCCUCUGUUGUGCAGCAGGGGAACAGCAGUAAUACUGUGGAGAAAGCAGGGAGUGCAACUGGGCAGGCCAAAUCUGACAAGGAUGUGCCACAAGAUGAAAGUUCACCUGUCGACAAUCAACAUAGUGAUGAGUUCUCAUCGUCUAGUGACCUGCUGGACAUCCUCCCAGAGGACAUGCAGUCUGGCACCGGUUCUGCCACCUCAGAAUCCAUGGGCUCUGGUUCUAAUGGCUGUGAAACUUCUGCCAGUGGUGGAUCUGGCAGUGGAACAGGAAGCAGUCACACAAGCAACAACAGCAGUAACUACUUCGGCAGUGUUGAUUCUUCGCAGAAAUCCCAUAAGACCACAGGGCCAGGCUCUGGUUCCGGCUCGGGUCCGAAGGCAAUGGAGGGGAGUGAGAACAAGUAUGGACUGCAGGACCCACUGUGGCUGCUCAUGGCUGACGUGGACAAAGAUGUUAUGAUGUCAUACCAGCUACCAUCUCGUGAUAUUCAGAAGGUUUUGAAAGAGGACAAAGAGAAGUUGAGGCAGAUGCAGAAAAGUCAGCCAUGCUUUACAGAAGAACAAAAGAGAGAGCUGGCAGAAGUGCAUCCCUGGUUGAGAAGAGGUGGGAUACCCAAAGCCAUCGACGUCAAGGCAUUUUUCGGCUGCGACGAGGCCAGUGAAACACUAACAGAGGACGAGUCACCAGACCCGCACAUGGGAGAAAGCGAAAGCAGUGAUUUCACCAUGCCCCCAAGCAAUAGCAAUGAAGACCCUACACGUUCGAAAACACAUGCCUGUCUUGGACCUGUCACCUAACACCCAUGUGUACAAACCUCAUCUAAUUGGACAAUGCUGACAUUUUAGCACUGAGAGAGUCUGUUGCAGACACAAACCUUUAAUUAAGAUAGGAUGUAGUGAGAUGAUUGUGUGUUUGUUUCUGUGUUUGUGUUUGUACAGAUGUGUAAAUACACAAUUUGAAUGGACGGAUGGAUGAAUCAAUGCAUAAAUGAAUGUGAAAGCAAAUGAGAGUAAAAGAUAUUUCCAGACUAAAGAUUAUUUUUGUUGCAAACCUGUAUAACUGACUAUCAUCUGUGGAACACUAAGGGAGAUGUUAGGCAGAAUGUUAGCCUUAGUCACCAUUCACUUUCAUUGCAUAUUUGUUUCCAGACAUUGAAAGUGAAUGGUGACUGAGGGCAUUAGUCCCUUUCGUGUACCACGCAGAAGAAAGAAAUAUGGAUCGACACCAGGACAAGUAAAGACAACAGAAUUUUAUAUUUUUGGGAGAAGUAUGCCCUCCUUUCCAGUGUUAUCCUGAAAAAGUCUUUGUUGAUGUACAUACACUGCUGUCUGGGAUUUUCUGUGAAUAAUUUAUUUUCCUCUUUGUAUCUCCUUUUUUUACUACAAAACUUUUUUAUAUGUAUUUUCCCCUUUCUAAAUACAGACGUUAAGCACUUAAAAAAGUUCUUCUGGGGUUUGAUAGUUGUGUUUUGGGGUAGGUAUCUGAUAUCUGGUCAAUUCACAAUCCUACACAGAGAACUUGUAGUUUAUGAGCUUGAAUAUUAUUUAUUAAACUAGGACAGUUCAAAGGUACUUGGACUAAGAGAACAUAGUCAAAUGACUUUUCUUUACCAAUGGCAGCUUAUUUAUUCAGUUAUUGGGUGAAUCUAAAAGCUCAAGUUACAUGUAGCGUUAUGUGGAGAGUAUUUCAAGAAUUUUAGGUGCUAUUUUCUUAUUUGGACUGUCACGUGUGUUUCAAAUGCACCUUAUCUGAUGGUCUGUUUUAAUGUAGCACCUCAGUGUUAAAUUUCAACUCUUUAUUAAGGCCAAGACUAAUGCUCUGCUCAGAGGUGUAAUAAUCACCCUGACAAAAGUCUCAGUCCAAUCUAUGAUCUCCUGUGAAGACCUGUCCAACACAAUUACUAAAGCACAGAAGCACUUUAUUAUGGAUGAAUGGGCCAAAUUACAUUAAAUAUUGCAUUUUUAGGUCUCCAUCUUGAAAGUAAUUGAAAUACCAGUGUGCUUUAUUUGGCAUUAAGCUUAUUGUUGAAAAAAACAGGUAUUGUUCUGUAAAAUAUGUCAAUGCAUAGCCCACAUUGUAAAGAAAUAUGUGCUUGUAUUCUGUCACUUUCAGAUAUCUUGGAUGUAUUGUAUUCCUUUGUGGUGUCCUAUAUAUAUAUACAUACCUUGUGUGUAUAUAUAUACCUUUUUUUUGUUUUUAUAAAGUUUAUUUGGAAUAAAUUAAUUACAAGAAA